UAGCUCACUUCAACUCACUAAAUCUUCAGGUUUUCAAUAUCUCAUUUUCAACUAGCUUUGAAACGAAAGUAGCAAGCUCUAGCUUCAAGUCAUCAGCCAUGGCCAUCUCAAAGGCUUUAAUUGCUUCUAUUCUCAUUUCCAUUCUCGUUUUCCAUCUCGUUGAAGCUGAUCAAUUGGUGAACACAGAUGCAACAAAGGGUUCUCCCAGUAAAAAAAUAGAUUGUGGAGCAGCAUGUAGUGCAAGGUGUCAGUUAUCGUCUAGGCCAAACCUGUGCAAGAGGGCAUGUGGGACUUGCUGUGCUCGCUGCAACUGUGUUCCUCCAGGCACUUCCGGCAACCGUGAUGUAUGCCCCUGCUACGCUACCAUGACCACUCAUGGUGGCCAACUCAAGUGCCCUUGAAAAUAUAUAUCACAUCAGCGUUGCUUGGUUGUGACUUAUAAGAGAAAAAUGGAUGAGUGGUGGCUUUGAAAAUAAAGUUGUGUACUAAAUAGAUGCAUAUCACUUUGUAAACAAGCUAUUAAAAGAAUGGUUGUAUUUUUUUUUUUUUUUUUUUUUUUAUGAAAGAAGAAUGGUCGUAAUUUAGUUGAAUAACAAUCAUAGUUGUUAUUUAUUAUUAA